AUGCAUCCUCCCCCGCUCCUCGGUGUGGGCGUCGUUGACCUGCUCGAGUCCGACCCUCGACCGACAUUCGUCGUGGCGCUUCAAGCCUCGCUCGAGGACCCUGCCCACGCCGAGGUCGUCUACAGCAACCCGGCCCUCGAAAGAAAGCCAGCCCUUUCCGACGUCCUCGUGUCUCUCUCGAGCCGCGACCACACGAGGUUCAGGGAUUGGAUCACCGCCCAGGACGCUAACCCCUCUCACUCCUUUCAGUACAGCCACCAUCUCUGGACUCGGAACACCGUGCUCUCCAAAUGGGUCGUUGUGAGCUCCAACGACUUCUCGAUCUCGUCAGAGCCGCUGAAGAAGACACGUCUUGAUGCGUCGAGGGGGAGAGAAACCGGCAGCGGGAUCUUGCAUCCGCGUAUUUCGACUGUCCCAUCCAUGUCUUCGCCAGAGUUCUUGGAAGAGGCUGAUUCGCCUAACCCUCGAAUCGUUCGAGCGGCCACCGAGCCGCCCUUGGUCUUGCCAGAGUUCAUGCCGGAUCAGGAGCCUUUUCUCGACAUGGUCGACAGCAUAGACUGGAGUGCAACUCCUCUGGGGCCCAUGGACCGAUGGCCAUCCCUGCUCCAUCAGUCGUACAGCCAGAUUUUGUGCAACUCCCAGCCUACCGCCAUCUAUUGGGGCAGCAAGUUCACCACAGUAUACAACGAGGCCUAUGGGGAGAUGAUUGGAGCCCGUCACCCCGACCUGAUGGGCCAUUCCGUAACCGAGGUGUUCCCCGAGAUUGCAGAUCAACUCACAGAUAUGAUGAAAAAUCCCGGACAGAGCCGGCGGGCUAACAACGAAGAGGUUUUUCGGUUUUUUGUCAAGCAGCGCGACAGUCCGCCCCUGGAGACAUACCUGAAAUGGUCCAUUGUUCCUGUUGUGCAAAAUAACGAAUGCCUCGGCUUCAUCCACCUGAUAUCAGACACGACGCUAUACCACCUGUUCCGCCGACGGAUCCAGAUGCUUGUGGAUAUGGGCGAGGAGCUGGGCACCGCCAAAGACGUCAAGUCGUACUGGAGCAAGCUGAUCGAAGAGCUUUCGGAAUGCGAUCCUGCAUAUGACAUACCGCUCGCCAUGUUGUACUCGAUCGCCUGCGACGGUUCAUCGGACUCGGAAAGCGAGCCGCGACACGAGUGUAACCAUGUUUGUCGCCUGGAGGGCGCCCUCGGGGUUCCGGGAAAUCAUCCCAUCAUGCCUGAAACCCUUCGACUUAAGGAAACCGACGCAGGCCUGGCGCCACAGUUCCGAGCCGCCCUGCGCAGUCAGGGACCGCUGAUAAUCAGCACAUCAGACGGCAGUCUAUCAAAAGAGCUACUGGAUGGCUUGCAGUGGCCUGGUUUUGGCGAUGCCUGCGAGGCCGCCAUCGUCCUGCCCAUCCGACCCACGAAGGAGGAGGAGGUUAUGGGGCUCCUGGUGUUGGGCCUCAAUCCUCGACGGCCAUAUGACGAUGCCUACACUCUCUACAUCCAACUCCUUGCACAGAAGCUGGCAACAUCGCUGGCAUGCACGGUCUUGCUGGAAGAAGAAAGGCGCCGGGGAAGAAAUGCAGCUGAACAAGCUGCCUACGACCAGGCCAUGCUGAAGGAAAAGCUUGCAUAUCAGACAAAGGAAGCAACGGAGUACACACGGCUGUUCCAGUCGGUUUCCGACUUCAUACCUAACGGUUUCUCGAUUGGUGAUCACCAGGGAAACAUCACCUUUGCCAACAGCCUUUGGUACCGUAUAACAGGAUAUCCUGAUGCCAACGCUAAGGACAGAGGCUCUUUCUCUUGCGUGUUGGAGGCAGAUCGAGAGAAGAUCCGUGAGGCGUACAAGGAGCUGCGGACAGAGGAUGAGGUUGAGUUCGAGUUCCGUGUGCGAGGGACUGAACAUACCAAUAACAUGUUAGCACGGAGAUCCCCCUUCAAAGCCGACUUGUAUGGCGACCUGGAUGAUGACAUGGAGCGACAUGUCAUGGCGCAGGCCAGGGCAGAACGAGCAACGGAUGGGACCAUCAUUCGAACUUUUACUUGCCUUACUGAUAUCACCGCCCACAAGCGGACUGCCGAUGAAGCCACUCGAAGAGCCCAACAAGCGGAGAAUCUGAAGAGAAUGGCCGAGCUUGCCACUGUCGGGAUGUUUGACAUGGAUACCGGAGGACGCCUUCUCGGCGCAAACAACGUCUUUUUCGAAUUGUGUGGGAUAAACAAGGUGGACCCAAUGCAGCACGAGGUACGGCCGUGGGAGAUCUCAGUGGUCCAGGACGACCUUCCAAAUUUGAGUGAGAGCGUGACCCGGCUAGUGUCGGAGAAGAAGCCUCAGACGGCCGAGAUUCGUCUCAAGACCACAUGGACGGCCGAAGACGCUGGAGGGAACCAGAUCACAGCGCCGAGAUGGGUGAACGCGACACUGAUGCCGGUCUGCAACUCGGAUGGCAUCGUCCAAUCGUUCACUGGCUGUGUCAGCGACGUCUCGUUACAGAAAUGGCAACUCGAACUGGAGACUCAGCGGACCGAGGAAGCGAUCGACUCGAAGCGGCAACAGGACAACUUCAUCGACAUGACGUCUCACGAGAUGCGCAAUCCGCUCAGCGCCAUUGUUCAUUGCUCCGAUGCCAUAAUUGCCUCUCUCGCGAGAUGCGAGGAGCUUGUCAAUCAGCCACCCGGUCCGAAGAUCCCCACAGCAACCGAGGAGAACGGCGACAGACAUUUCGACGUGAAGCAGCUCCUCUCGGAUAGCAUCGAGAACGCCGAGACCAUUGUUGCUUGUGCGCAACACCAGAAAAGGAUCGUGGACGACAUUCUGACCAUGUCCAAGCUGGACUCGAAGCUCUUGGCCGUCACUCCCUGUACGGUCGACCCGGUGCAAAUUGGGGAAGAAGCCAUCAAGAUGUUCGAUGUGGAGGCACGCCGCGUCGACAUUGAUCUGAAGAUGACUGUCGACAAGUCAUACAAGGAACUUGGGCACGUCUAUCUCGACCUCGACCCGUCUCGCGUCAAGCAGGUGCUCAUCAACCUGCUCACUAACGCGCUCAAAUUCACAAAAUCGGGAUCCAUCAGAAAUGUCUCAGUCUGCAUGAAGGCGUCCCGAGAACGGCCGACGGACGAGACAUCUCCAGUAACGUUCAUCCCCCGAUCCUGCAAGGAGGAGUCGGAGUAUGAGCAGCCUGCCCUCGACAGCCGCACGGAUCCGGUAUACAUCAUGUUCGAGGUCAAGGACACUGGCCAGGGUCUGUCCGAAGACGAGAAGUCCAACCUCUUCAAUCGGUUCGUGCAGGCGAGCUCGCGGACCCAUGUCAAGUACGGCGGUUCGGGGCUCGGGCUAUUCAUUUCGCGGCGGUUGACGGAGCUGCAAAAGGGAGCCAUCGGCGUGUCCAGCUUGCCAGGAGUGGGAUCCACAUUCGCCUUCUUCAUCGAGGCAUACGUGCCGACGGAAGCGUCACGGAGGGAAGCCGAGUCUGCGGCCGCGGCCGCAAGGAUGACGACUCUGGCCACAGCGGCCAACACCCCACUCACCGUCCCCCGUGCCAGGCCCCCCACGAACGAGCAAAGGACACCUAGCUCGCGGCCAAAGCUCAAGAGUCACGACAGCCGACUUGACGGCAUCCUUGUCGUGGAGGACAACCUAAUUAACCAGCAAAUCACUCGCCGAGGCCUCCAGGAUAGGGGGUACACCGUCGACGUGGCCAAUCACGGAAUCGAGGCCCUGGAGAGGCUCAUGCAGUCCAUGGCUCUGCAGCGCCACGAGGAGCAGGAGUACUUUACCCACAGCACGUCGAAUUCUCGGGGCCCCCCCGUGAGUAUCAACAUGAUACUCAUGGACAUUGAAAUGCCGGUACAGGACGGUCUGACUUGCACACGGCGGAUCCGAGAACUGGAGCGCGAGGGGAGAGUGUUUUGUGGCAGCGGCGGAAGAAUUCCCAUCAUCGCCGUCAGCGCCAACGCGAGGCCAGAGCAGAUGCAAGACGCCAAGAACGCGGGGUGCGACGACGUGCUUGUCAAGCCCUAUCGGAUGCCAGAGCUCAUCGAGAAGAUGCAAGUGGUGGUCCGGCGGAUGGGAGGUAUCCCACUCGGCUCGCCUGUGCUGUAA